AUGUAUGAGAGACUUGUGCUGGUGCUUUGCGAGUGCAAAGAGAAAUUGACUGAUGCAGAUGUCCCAAGUGAAGUUUUGAGCUCAGAUGGACAAACUGCAUGGAAAAUAUUCACUGUGGCUCAGAGCUCAGACCCUGAGUUGGACUUUAACCGUAAACUGCAUGCUCUUCUACAAGCAGAAGGAAAGUCCACAGAGGAUGUGCAGGCCUUGCUGACCCCGCACAUACCUCCCUCUACAGAAGCCAUCCUUCGUGCUGUGGGCGAUCUGUUUGAUAAGACUGUCAAGCCCUCAGCAGAAAGUGGAGGAUACCGCCGCCUGCGGAUCUUUUCCGGUAUUGUGCCUACACCAGCAGGAGAGGAACAAUUCGACCACUGGUUAGAGCAAGCUUACCUGAUGGUUGAAGAGAGUGAGGGUUCUGCUAAAGACAAGAGGAGAAAGAUAAUGGAGAGUUUAAAGGGGCCAGCUCUGGAAGUGAUAAAAGCAGUGCGUCUCUCCAAUCCUGACAUUGCCCCUGACAAGUGCCUGGAGGCUCUGGAAAACGCCUUUGGAUUAGCAGAGUCUGGAGACGAUUUGUAUUUCACAUUCAGAAUGCAGCAGCAGCAACCUGGUGAGAAGCUAUCUGAUUUCCUCAGGAGAUUAGAACGUUGCCUGUCCAAAGUGGUACAAAGAGGUGGUCUCACUCCCCUAGCCAUGGAUGGUGCACGGCUUGAGCAGCUUCUGAGGGGUGCAGUUAAUGCUGAUCUGAUGUUAAUCCAACUGCGACUGAGGGAGAGAAGAGCUAAUCCCCCAACUUUCCUUGAGCUCCUGAAAGAAAUUCGUUCAGAAGAAGAAUAUGAAUCUUCUCUAGCAAAGCUGAACCAUUCAGUGUAUACAGUUCACACCAAGCUUCAAGAAGAAAACAAACACUCAGAGAUACAGAGUUUGAGAGCUGAAAUUAAAGAAGUGAAAUCAAUGUUUGCUGCGCUCUCUACACGGGACAAAGAGACACAAAAUGAGAACUUUCAAACUAAAGUGAGAAAUGUCCCAGAGACUAAUGCUGAUCCAGAAGUGAUAGCUCUGAGGAAACAACUGAAACAGUUACAACAAAAGGUGAACUCCAGAUUACCUCAAUCGUCUACACCUUCUCCCACAGUGAUGACUGUAAACACUCAAAACAGACAAGGGGCUGAGACAGAAGAGCGUUUCUGCUAUCGCUGUGGCGAAAAUGGACACAUGGCAGGGAAGUGCAAAAACCCUGAGAACCAAAGCAAAGUGAUCCAAAGACUCAUUCAAGCUCUCAAAAAGGCUAAGACCCAUAGCACUCAACCUACUACUGAUGUCCCCUCACCCAAAACUGACUGCACUGUGAGGAGGAGUGUAGUAGAUCAGCUUGCCCCAACAGGCAUACCAGAGGGUCUAAUAGGGCCACCAUCUUUGGAGCCUCUGAAAGUUAAUGGACAUUUGUGUGAUGCAUUACUCGACAGUGGCUCAAGAGUUAGCAUCAUCUUUGAAUCCUGGUACAGGAGACAUCUUGCUGAUACUCCUAUUCGCCCAGUAAGUGACCUUAACAUUUGGGGUUUAAGUGACUCUGAUUACCCUUAUCUUGGCUACGUGGCAGUGGACCUAGAGUUUCCCAAAAAGGUAGCGGGUACCCCAACAGCCCUGUCAGCCCUGGCUCUCAUUUGCCCUGAUCCACCUGGUCCUGAUCAGACACCUGUGAUCCUCGGGACAAAUACCAAGGCUAACCUAUCCAAGCGGCUAGCCCAGCUGCGUGACGAUAGAGUUGAAGGCACUGUAGCCCACGCCUUUGGCAUACAGAACACUUUCCCAGAAACAGUGAAAGAAAAAGCCAUUGACUUGUCAAAUGAAGAGGAUGACAAAAUAGGUUGUGUAAAGUUGGAGGGUCGAAGCUCACUUGUCCUACCUGCAGGUGGCAGCAUUAAAGUAGUCUGCAAAGUGGUGCUUGGAAAGUCCCUGCCAGAUGACAUCUUGAUAGUAGAGGCCUCCAGUACAGCUACUCUCCCAUCAGGCGUCAAGCUCCAACCUAUGGCAAUACCCAGUAAUGCUGUGGACAUUAACCGGCUGACAGUUGUGGUUCAUAAUGAGUCGCAGAAAGAAGUGACCAUUCCUGCCGGUGCUGUCCUGGGUCACCUGUGUGUAGCUGAUGUGGUUACCACAGUGCCAAAACAAAAGCCAGAGACUGAGGAUGCUUUUGAUGUCAGAAUGAUCGACUUUGGUGAGUCACCUGUCCCCGAAACAUGGAAAGCAAGGCUCAGACAAAAACUGUCUGAAAGAGCAGAUGUAUUCUCUCUUCAUGAACUAGAUGUGGGACUCGCCAAAGAAGUGGAGCACACGAUCCGCUUAUCUGAUUCACGACCCUUUCGUGAACGCUCCAGACGCAUCGCCCCUGCGGAUAUUGACGACGUGAGGCGUCAUAUUCAAAAGCUACUAGCUGCAGGCAUCAUUAAAGAGUCCAGAAGUCCAUAUGCAUCGCCCAUAGUGGUUGUGAGGAAAAAGAAUGGGGAUGUAAGGAUGUGCAUUGACUACCGCACACUAAACAGCCGCACUGUACCAGAUCAAUACACUACCCCACGCAUCGAUGAGGCUCUUGACUGCCUGUCGGGUAGUAAAUGGUUCUCAGUGAUCGACUUAAGAAGUGGUUACUAUCAAAUAGCCAUGAAAGAAGAGGACAAAGAAAAGACUGCCUUUAUCUGCCCUCUCGGGUUCUACCAAUUUGAGAGGAUGCCUCAAGGCAUAACUGGAGCUCCUGCAACCUUCCAGCGCCUCAUGGAGAAAGCAGUUGGAGACAUGAACAUGCUCCAAGUAAUAGUCUAUCUGGAUGAUCUGAUCAUAUUCGGAAAGACCCUGGCAGAACAUGAAGAGAGACUCUUAAAGGUGCUGGACAGACUCAGAGAAGUAGGGCUCAAGAUUUCACUUGACAAAUGUCAGUUUUGCCAAACAAAGGUCAAGUAUGUGGGUCAUAUUGUGACUGCUGAGGGUGUUGCUGCUGACCCUGCAAAAAUCGAAGCUGUGACCACUUGGCCCCAACCUUACAAUCUCAAGACCCUACGAUCCUUUUUGGGUUUUUGUGGUUAUUAUAGACGAUUUAUCCACAACUACUCCUCCAUCGUCCGCCCUUUGACUGACCUCACUAAAGGUUAUGGCCCCCCUCAGCGUAGCAAAAAGCCAGUAAAAGGGAAGAGAGAUGUUUAUUUGGAUGAGAAGGAGCUGUUUGGAGACAGGUGGGACGAGUCAUGCACUGAAGCCUUUGAAAAAAAUCAAACAGUGUUUGACAAACGCCCCUGUGCUCGCCUUUGCAGAUCCUGAUAAGCCCUACACACUGCAUGUCGAUGCUAGCCUUACGGGACUGGGAGCUGUGCUUUAUCAGGCAUACCCAAAAGGCUUGCGACCAGUGGCGU